UCACAUCACGUCAUGUUGUGUCCCUGUGAAGACGCACACAGUUCAGGAAAAACGCGUUUGGCGACAUUCAGUUUGUCAUUCUUCCUCCUUCUUGUUUUCUGUCUUCCUCUUGCUCUUCCUUGAUUAUAUAUAGCCCGACAGUAUCUGCACAUGGUUUGAUUGAUUCUGUUUCUGCCCGCGACUUCUACCAAGCGCAUCAUGGACUACUCUCAGCCUUUCUCAGUCCUCAACGAGAGGCUGAGACCUCGAGUCACCAGCAGCGAACAGCUCUACUCCUCCCUGAACAGACUGGAGGACAGACAGUGGGGCUCAGUCAGGAGCCGAUCUUCAUCCUACCGACUAACUGUUCUACAGGCAGAACCGGAACCGAAAAUAUCUCUGACCACAAACGAGCCAGAUGGUCCAGAAGAAACUGGAGACGAUGCAGAACAGGAGGAUUUGGUAUCUGGUGGCUUAGAAGAAGGAAAUUGUGCUGAUCUGCUGCCCGUUAACAACUCGUGCCUCAUCACUGAGUUGAAUUUAAAAGAUGUGGGUGAAGAGGAGCUAGUUGAAGAGGACAGCAACUCCUCACAGUCUGAGGAGAAAGACAAUCCAGGUAAACUAACUACAGAGGGGACAGGGGACUCCUCAGUGUCAGUAUCCCUGCCCGGUGAAGGUGGGAGCUCCCUCCGGAGGAGCUACGUUGAUGGGACUUUACCAGACCUGAUCAAGAGUGGCAGGCCACUCAGCAGACGCAGGACACUGGGACAUGUCUCAGACACGCUUAAUGAAGUGCGCAGAGAAGUGGAGCUAUCUCGGAGACGAAGUAUCAAGCUUAAGGCCCAGGUGGACAAACUGCAGGAGAGCAGCGAUGGACCAGGCUGGAGCCAACACAGAGAGAGGGUAACAGAGGAGGUCCUGUCCGUUCUGCGGCUGCUGCACCCGCUGACGGAGCCUGAGUCCAGCCCACCUGAACCCUCUCAUGGGGAAAACCGCCUUGACACUGCCCUGGCCCAGCUGCAGAAUGUGGCCCGUAUACUGGCAAUCAGCCACACCACACAGGAGUCCAAAUCUGGUAAAGGAAAAGGAGCAGAGGACAGUGCUAUUCUGCAGCAGGCACUGUGGGACAGAGAUGAGGCCAUAGAGAAGAAGAAGGCGAUGGAGGCCGAGCUGCUGCGGAGUAAGACGGAGAUGAUGUCACUGAACAACCAGUUGCUGGAGGCCGUACAGAAACGGCUGGAGCUGUCGCUGGAGCUCGAGGCCUGGAAGGACGAUGUUCAGCUGAUUCUCCAGCAGCAGCUGCAGAGUCAGCAGCAGGCAGAGCAGAUCCAGAAGAAGCCCUCGCGCCUGGGCAUCCUGAGGAGAAACAACCGACCACCCAUCCAGCGGCCGUCCACUUUCCCUUUGUCUACACCCACCCCGCCUGCGACCAACUCAAACCAGAUCUUCAUCUCCAGAGCUGCGGUCUCUGCUGCUCCAACUCCCAGCACGCCAUCUUCAGCCAGCACCCAGCGCAACUGGAGGGACAGGCUGAGGAGGGGAAGGAGCCCUUGUCAAGGAGAGGAUGCAGCGGGUCAGGCUUCAGAGUGGGGCAAGGACGAUGACGGCUUCCAGGUCGUAUCACUUGAUUGAAACAGUGAUGACUUUGCACUCAGUACAUUCAUUCUGACGCAAUGUAGUCCCCCCCUUCCAAUCAAAAAUGUGUUUUGCUUUUUGUCACCUGGUUGUCCUCGAUUGAACCUCACUGUGCAAAAUGAAGUAAGUGCAGUUUCAUACUAGACUGUUUUCACAUUGAUCUGCUGAAGGGGGAAAAGUUUCUCUCUGCUCACUUUAAAUCGGAGUUUAAGACGUUUACUUACCAGCAGGAUUUUGUGAUCAGUGCAAAACAAACACACACAAAUACAGAAUGAACUUUUCCUUGAAGUAGGAGACAUCUUGUGUCCAUCAGUUACACUUUUGAAAUGAACAAUAUUUGGAUUCUGGAUUUUUAAUUGACGAGGGAGCAGACGUCAUUUGAAGAAUGUUUUACUUGGUAAUUGAACUUUCUGUUGAGAAACCAUAUCAGACACAAAUUAUUACUGCAAGCAGAGCUCCUGGGAACACAUACAGUACUUUCAAUCUUUGGCUAAUGUAAUUUAAGUAUAAAAUAUAACUGAUUCUGAAUGAGCCAUGCAUUUGUUUAAUACUGCUAACACUUGAAUGCUUCACUUUCAAUCUCCUGAAUAUUGUUCGUUGUCAUGUUGUGAAUAAAUCAGAUUCUUAUACUAAAGCUCCUUCAA